AUGGUUGUUAAUGAAGUUAUUAGUGAAACUAUUGGUUAUGGUCCUUUUCUUGGUCUUGGGAUGACACAACUUAUGAUGAGCAAAUUUGCUAAACAAAAAGAGUUAAAAGAACUUUCUGAAAAAUUGGCAAGUGAUGGAAUGUCUAUGCUUCGGAGCGGAGCAAUGGGAACACUGGAAGCAGCUCCGGAGUCUUACAAGACAUAUGAUGAUACUAAGCCUUAUUUUGAAGUAAUUAAGCAUUUCUCACACCUUAGCGAAGGGAAAGAGUAUGAGUCCGGUUGUAAAGUGUGUGAGGAAUAA